UCUCUCUCUCCGCUGUUUUCGCAAAACAAACAUGGCGUCUUGCAGGGACGAAGACAACGUCGGCAUCUCCCAGGACCAAGAAGAAAAGAAAUCAGCAGCGGUAUCGUUUGGUUUUAACAAAACUGUUAGUAAAUUCAAAUCCAGCCGUGAAGGUCCCAUCAAAGAAGAUGAGCGAGAUUAUUUAACCGGAGUUGAUGGGAAAGAAUUGCUCAGUACCAAGCCUCAGAAGAAACCAAAAGAGCUCAUUAUCCCCCUGAUACAGAAGAACCGAUGGUGCAGGCCGGAUAGAGGGGCUGAUGGAGACGAAACUAAACCUCAGACGAAUGUUUCCCAGGAAUCGAAUUCGGUGGAAUCUCAAGCCAUCAAAGAAAUUAUUGAAGAUUCUCAGAGACAGUUGGAGCAGUGGCAGAAUGGCUCACAGGCGGACCCGAACCUCACAAUCCCCCUGCUGAUGCAAAACCAAGCUCCUCAGGGCUUCGAGGACGGAGACCGGGUAAAGGUGGAUCUGCGACCAGAGUCUUCCACAGAGGCAGACUAUGAUAGUGUUCCUGUUGAGGCAUAUGGACUAGCCAUGCUGAAGGGGAUGGGGUGGAAGGCAGGAGAAGGCAUUGGAAGGACAUUUAAACAAGAUGUAAAGCCUAUUGAGAACCAGCUGCGACCCAAGGGUCUGGGUCUGGGGGCAGACCGCUCUGCUGUGAAAGACCUGGAACCCAGUGGGCCCCGACGGCCCCCCAAACCAGGCGAGGAGCAGGGGAAAGAAGAGACCCUUGUACUGGGGCCUGGAGGCUUUGUGUUGGUAGAGAGCGGAGCACAUAAAGACCUGUAUGGGAAGAUAGAAGGAGUAGAUCCAGACAAUGCACGUGUGGUGGUGAAGCUUGCUAUUGGCAGCAAGACUGUCACAAUUAGUCAGUAUGGACUAAAGCUGGUUGAUCGCAAAGAAUAUGAAAAAUACAGCAAAGACCUCAGUCGCCUCAGCAGAGCCCACAAAGAGAAGGAGAAGGAAAAAGAGAGAGAGAAAGAAAAAGAACAGCAGAGGCAGACGGAGAAGGACAGGAAGAGCGAUGACAGAGAGGAGACGGGGAAAUACAGGGAUGAAGGGAAGGAUCAAAGGAAAAGAAAACACCAGGAAUCAAGUCACAAUAGAGAAAAGCCUCCUCUGAAGGAAGCACGAAGGCCCCCUGCUGCCCCCUCAUGGCUUCAGAGAGACCUGAAAGUACGCUUUGUAGACAAGACCUUCAAGGGGGGCCGGUACUACAACUCAAAGAUGCGAGUGGAGGAUGUGUUGACGCCCAACACCUGUGUGUGUCGUACUGAGGAGGGGAGACUCCUGGAUGAUGUGAAACAGGGAAUGUUGGAGACCAUCGUGCCAAAGCGUGACUCUGAAGCCAUCAUGGUUGUACUAGGUGAACAAAAGGGCCAGGUGGGCCGUAUCCUUCAGAGAGACAGGGACAGGUGCAAGGCCAUGGUUCAGCUGGACAGGUAUGAGGAGAAGGUCUUCACCCUGGACUAUGACUCCAUCUGCCACUACCUUGGAGAAGGGGAUCACUAAGAACUUCCUGAUCCCAAGCCCUCACAACCCCACAUCCUCCCCAUGUCUGUAUAGGCUCCUGGUAUAUUAUGUUAUGCUUAUGAAAUCCUACAAAUGACUAAUGUAACUUGCUGUAUUGUACCUUUUGUAAUAAAAUCACGUCAUGCAUA